AUGGCCGCCUACUCGGAGCCUCAGAAGUACCUCUGCCCGACUUGUAACGCAUAUUUCUUAGAUUUGGAAGAAACUCAGGGACACGUAAUGACUUGUAGUACGUGUCUGACCACCAAAGAAUAUAAUAAGUGUAAAUUUACAUCAUGUUCUGCCAUUAUAUGGUCAACAACAGCAACGUUGUUGUUGAUAAAAGCAUACAGUGACCAUAAACAUAGUUUUUCCAGCAGUACAAAGAAGAAAUACAAAAUAUGGGAAGAUAUUGCUUCAAUGCUGCACUAUGCUGGACAUCCUGUCACUGGGGAAAUUUGUGACAAAAAUAUGCGCGGACUAAAAAACAGAUACAAAAUAAUUAAAGAUAAUGCAAAGUUAAGUGGACGAGGCAGUGACACACAAUGGCCAUUCCUUGAAGCAAUGGUUCUUGGACGUGAUCCUAGUGUAAUACCAGUUGCAAAAGAGUCGUCAUUAAUGAUAGGUCAACCUUCGACUAGUGCUGGACCAUCUGAAGUUGUGGAACUUCCAGUGCCAUCACCAUCACAGUCUACCAGUUCAAGAACUCUCUCACCAGCUCCAUCAUCAUCAUCCCUUCCACCACCAAGAUCUCAUAAACAGAGGCGUUCGGAAGAACAAGAGACGUCACAGAGGAGAAAACAUGUCAUCUCAGCACUAGACAAAUUAGCUGAUCUUGUUGUCGAGAGAAAUGUUGUGUUAGAAAGGUUUAUGCCAUCUUUAAGUAACCAGCAUGACCAGUACUUGCAGUGCUUAAACAUCAGGAUAAGUUCAGACUGUGAUAUAGUGUAA